ACGACUGUGUCGAGAGCCAGCGUCAGGCCCCCCCUCGUGCCUUUGCCCGCGCACCAAUGACACACAGCACCUUCUCCUGUGCAUACUGUGAAGAUACGUUACAAUGAGCGGCAUCGAGGUAGCUGGCCUUGUUCUCGGAUGUCUGCCUUUACUCAUACAAGGGAUAGAGAGUUACAAGGAGGGACUGGACCCAAUCAAGGGCUUUUUUGGCCGGGAAAAGGAGCUGCCCAUCAUCAUAAGAAAACUUCGGGCACAAUAUGACCACUAUGACCAGACGAUUCAGCUGCUGUUUGGGUCCAUUACCUCAGACGUCGAGUUUGCAUUGAUGAUGACGGAUCCCGCGGCGUCGCAGGAACUGUGGAAGAGCAAAGAAGCAGCACUUCAGGAUAAACUGCAAAACACAUACAGCUCGUACCAGAGGACCAUGGCGGAUAUCGAGAGGAUUACCAAGAAGAUUGCGAGCAAAUUAGACCUGGAUCGUGCGGCCGAGCUCACCCGCAACGAUCUCGAGGCACUACUGGCUGCAAACCCUAAGAAGGCCAAUGACAACAGGUAUGAGAUUAGAAAGCGCGUGCGGUUUGGCAUGAACAAGAAGACUGUCAAGGCCCUCCUGGAAGAACUGGACGAGUGCAACAAGAGCCUGGAACGAUUUACUGAGAAGAGCGAGAAGAUUGAGACGUACCACCGCGCGACCAAGCCGUCGUAUGCCUCGCGGCUGCAAAAACUGCAGCGGUAUGCCAAGACACUGCACGAAUCGUUGAGCGUAUGCUGGUCGUGCUCGUGCAAGUCGUCGCACCGGACAAGCCUUCAGCUCGAGCCGCGGGGAAAUGUCUUUGCUUUCAGAGGGCAGAAGCCGACGGAGAGUCCAAAAACAAGCUUUGGUGUUGCUUUUUCCACCAUGGACGCUGAUGGGAGCGGUGUGCCGUGGCUGAUUCAGGCGGCGGAGAUAAGCGUAGAGGACGAGGACGAGGACGAGUGUCUCGCACCCAUGGCAUCUCCCCGACAAAAUAGGAUGGCCAAGAGAGUUAGCUUCGGAAAGCCCCCUCCGUACGCAGUUAUGGACCCUGGCGACCAAAUGUUGCCUCCACAAGAGGUAAAGGACCUGUGCGCAUCUAUUCAACAAUUGGACAAAGGCGCCUCUAUGAUAGGCUUAUCGCUAGACCGCAAAAGCAAAUUACGAGGCGUGCACUUGAUCGACAUGACAGAAACGCAUGUUCCUACCGUGGAACUGGUAUCUCUGGAGGAUCUGCUUAGGCAGCCGCCCGUCGUCAAUGGCAGACGGGCGAAGCUGAGCAUGAAGGAGAGGUAUAGCUUGGCGCUGACGUUAGCAAGCAGUGUGCUGUAUUUGAACUCGACGCCUUGGCUCGCGAACGAGUGGGCAACUCGCGAUAUCCUGUUUCACCGGACAUGCAAUGCUGCACGGCCGAUCAAUACCGAGCGCCCCUAUCUGGCGGCCAUGGGUGUUGAGGGGGCCAAUGGAGUAUCGGAGAAGGAGCAGGCGGGCGGCUUCAGGAACACUGUGCUCAUUGCGCUGGCCGUGGCUCUCCUCGAACUCUACUUUGGCGUCACGGCUGAAAAGUACCGGGAAUCAGAAGCCGAGGGCGACGAGGUGGGGGAUAUGUCAGAGUAUCCGGGCCCGUGGAGACUUUGGGCACUGGCGCGCAACUGGACCUACAACGAGUCUGGAAACCUGUCAGCUGCCUUUCAGAACGCCAUUAGGCAUUGCAUAGCAGGAUCCAGCGACCCUUGCGCCAGCUUGCAGGAUGCCGAGUGUCUCCAGGCUGCAGUGGAGAAUAUUGUUCUGCCACUGCAAGAAGAGCUCCACCAGUUCCUGGGUAAAGCAACAAACUAA